UUAUCCUCUGUCGUCCCAGGUCUUGGGUUCGACCCUGGCUCAUCUCGAGAAUAUCUUAGAACAGAUACUCAUUUGUAAGGCUAUAAGCCAUAUUUGUCAAAAAAAAAUAAAUGAUAUCUCAGGGGAUUCUAAAUCAAAUCAAACGGAUAUCAUAUACAAAAAUGGUAACAGAAGUCUCACAUUUAUGCAAGAGAGAUUAAUUCAAAAUAUAAGGUUCUCAUUCGUAACCUCCGAAUAAUAAUAAAUAAUAAUAAUAUAUGGGCCGGAUACACCGGGCCUCUUCAUACGUUUCUUUUAUCUAGGACCUUCUCCAACGGUAACCAUUUUUCACAGUCUAUAUAUUCACCCAUUUCCCUAGCCCUGCUCAUCAAAUCUCAUUGUAUUCAUAUUUUAUAUUAUUAUUGUAGCCAUAUAAUUGUUGAAGCUCAAAUUCUAAUUUUAAGAUGGAUUGUUUAAGAGUAAUUUUAUUUUCAAUCUUGCUGGUUUCUACAAUUUGUUCUUCAGCAGAGGCUCUCAAUUUUAAUGUUGGUGGUAAAUAUGGCUGGUCUCUCUACGCUUCCGGGAAUUACAAUCAAUGGGCUAAUAUGAUGAGAUUUCAAGUCAAUGAUACUCUCACAUUCAAGUACAAAAAAGAAACGGAUUCAGUUGUGGUCGUGACCAAAGAUGAUUACGAGAAAUGCAACGCGGAGAAGCCGAUACAAAAAAUGGACGGUGGUGAUUCUGUUGUCAAGCUUGAUCGUUCGGGCCCAUUUUAUUUUAUUACAGGAAAUAAGUCAAACUGCCAAAAAGGACAAAAGCUGCUUAUUGUUGUCCUAGCUGUCCGAGAUAAGGCCCCACCAACUCCAGCUGUGCCAGCCCCUGCUCCGGCACCGGAAAAUAUAGCUCCGGUCCCUUCGCCGGCAACUAAAGCUCCCAGCCCCUCCCCAUCAUCUGAGAGUCCAGCUGAUUCUCCACCACCGGCGAUUUCUCCGGCGCCGGUGACUCCAAGUCCGGCGGCCGAUUCACCUGGAAUAGUUCCCACACCCUCUCCUUUGAGUCCCGGUAAUUCUCCAUGGAACAUGUCGCCGGCGCCGGCUCCGUCGAGUUCAUUUGCUCCGGCUAUGUCUCCGGCGAUGCUGGUGACAGCUGUGUUGGGUGUAAUUGUGACAUCUUAUUACAUUUAAUUAAUCAGGAAAAGAAUAUUUGUGGGUGAUUCUUUUAUAUUUUUUUUCCUUAUCUGUUUAGUUUUACAAUUUGGUGUGGAUUUGAAAUCUUCGUUAUUUAAUAAAGAGGAUUGCAUUUG